AUGGCAGAAAAUACCAACCCAAACCCAAGCCCUAACCCUAUUCCCACUGAAGAAGUAGUAGCUGUGACAGUGCAAGAGGAAACCACCAAACCUAAAGAAGUUGAAGAAAGAAAGAUGGAAGAUAAACCAAGCAAAGUGAGAAAAUAUGCUGGGUUAUUAUCAAUAAUAACCUUCAUCCUCUCUCUUGUAAUCCUCGCUUCUGUUAUAUGGCUACUGUACAUGAGAGAUUAUGACUGUGAGAAGAUAUUAAGGUUGCCAAAUUUACAGAUUGGGCUUGCCAUUUUCAUGAUCUUUGUUUUCUUGAUUAGCAACCUUGUUGUUUUCCUUGGAUCUCGAUUUCCAGUACCUGGUUUCUUCAUAGUUAUGGUUCCAUUGAUUGUAAUACUUACCAUGGGUCUUGCACUUGUGGGAGCUGACAAAAUGGAGAGCAGGAGAAUAAUGGCUACGCCUGCUUGGUUCAGAGAAAAAGUUCUCGAUGAUGGACACUGGAGAGACAUUAAAUCUUGCAUAUAUAAUAGAGGAUUAUGCGAAGACUUGGCUUCAAGAUCAAUGAACCUUAAAGCAUAUGAUUUCAGUAUGGAAAAAUUAACAUCCGUCGAGUCUGGAUGCUGCAACCCACCAGAAGUAUGUGGAAUGGAAUAUGUAAACGCAACAUUUUGGAGAAAAGGAGAAGCAAUUAUCAGUGAAAAAACAGAAUUACUUAACGCAGGGGACUGUGAAACAUGGAACAACAGUAGAACCGUACUGUGUUAUGACUGUGAGACUUGCAAAGAAGGUUUUGUGGGAAUAAUGGAAAAAAAAUGGUGGAAUUUAGGGAUUUUCCUCAUUAUCAUGUCCUUAUUUCUCAUCCUUGCUCAUUUAUCACUCUUCAUUACAGUCAUGUGGGAGCGCUACAAUUAACGCAUCAAGGCCAGCAGUUUCAGCACUAUUUUUUUUUCUCUGUAAUAAGGAUAUUAGAGUCUGCUUCUUCUUUAUUACCAUUUUUAGAAUCUUUAAGCUGU